AAAUUAUUGCGCUUCAAAGCCAGUUUACCGUACCAUCAUCGCCAAUGCUGUCGGUGUGCUACUUCUAAUUCCCCGCCUAUCGUAGAAUAGGGGGGCCGUAUUAGCUUCACUCUCCCAUUCGCUUAUAAUGCGAGGAGUGGCCGCUCGUUUUACUCAUACUUCUUUAUCUUAUCGAACACACUCAUUCAGAAUUGGAUUAAAGAUCUCGGACUUAUAUCACCUGGCAGAAUGCGUGCGAUCUCUUUCUUACUUACGACGGCAUUAGCUGCCGUCACAGCUGCUAGUCCCGUUGCACCGCGACAGGAUUCUGAUUAUGUCGGUUACCUGAUCUCAACCUUCUCCGAUGCAAACCCAAAGAUCCAAUUCCAUCUUUCAGACGGAAACAGUGCAACGAACUUCAAGUUUCUAAAUGGAGGCAACCCAGUCCUCGCUUCGACUGUGGGUACUAAGGCCGUAAGAGAUAUCUUCCUGACCAUGAACUCCGCUCGGUCUGAGUACUACUUGCUUGCUACGGAUCUCGAUGUCACUGCAUCAGGCUUUUCAUGGGACUGGGCUACCAGGAAGGGAAGCCGCGGAAUUGUCGUUUGGAAGUCUACUGAUCUAGUAAAUUGGUCGGGGCCAACUCUACAGACUGUGGAGGCCGAUACAGCCGGUAUGGUGUGGGCACCAUCCGCCGUCUGGGACGAGGAAACAUCUCAGUACUACCUAUUCUGGGCAUCGCGACAGUACAGCGCCUCAGACACUGAGCACACGGGUGCAGCAACAACACUCGACACAAUCCGCUACACAACAACCAAGGACUUCGUCACCUUCGGCGAGCCCGCCGACUACCUCUCGCUCCCGGACACGGCCAUCAUCGACCAAGAGUUCCAGUACCUCGGGACGCCGGGCGCCUUCGCGCGCUUCUACAAGGACGAGACGAACGGCAAGAUCGUCCAGGAGAUGACGACCGACGGCCUCUUCGGCACCUGGACCCGCCUCGACGGCUACGUCACCACCGAUAACCAGCGCGAGGGCCCCGCGUGCUUCAGGGAUAACGUCACGCCGGACCUCUACCACCUCUUUCUGGAUGAUUAUACGCAGUAUAUCCCGUACCAGACGUCGGAUAUCUAUUCGCCUGGCUGGAGCAGGUCGAGCACGACGGGGUUCCCGUCGGGUUUGAAGCAUGGCUCUGUCACGCCGGUGACGCAGAAGGAGUACGAUGCUUUGGCUGCGGCAUUUCCGGCAUAGGGGAUUCAGAGGGGACGUAUGAGGAGCUAGUGUGUAUAUGUACCUAGAGAAUUGUCAUUGUAUUGGAUAUGACAUCAAAUAUCAAA